AUGAAAUACUAUGAUCAGCAACAUUUCAGUAUCGAUCAACGAAAUGAAAAACACCUCGGCGGCAACGAGAGAGAAGUUCCCGGCGAAGUUACCAGACUUGGGCCCGCCCUUGCGCCAGUUGAGGAGGCGCUGAGAGUCAGGGGAGUCGCGAGACAUGCCGAGGGCGUCUAUGAGGCACGUGGCCAGAAUGUGCUCGCGCAGUCCGUACGAUCCCCGCUCGCGGAUCAAGCGGAUGGCCGAGAAGUAGUCGUCGCCGUUCUUGGGGCGGCAGAAGGUGUCAAGAAACUUCCGGAAUUUGGAACGCUUGACGGAGGAAGACUUGCUCUUCUGCAUCCAGUUGAACAGGCUCACCAUCACGCUGAACUUUGUCUCCGACAUGUUGGGGAUUUGUUGCGGUGGUUGUCGGUGGCGGAAAGGGCGAACCGAAGUGGACAACUGCUACUGAUUUGUAAAUGGCGAAACGGGGAGCUACAACCAGAGCAAAACAGGAGCCGGGGAAAACCAAUGAACCAGCCCGAACCCCAACCACCUGCCUCAGUCGGCCGUCGAGAUCCGCCGUCAAUAAACAACCCGGAAACCCGUCGGGCCCCUUGCCGCCAUGGCCAUCAAGUAAACCAGCGACUCACCGAAGAGCUUGCAAGCGGCGCUGAAAUCGCCCCCAGACAUCGGACCCACCUAGAAGAGGAGGGUCGCCGCUCAAUCCCACCCACCGCAAUGGCGGCCUUCACUGUCGGCAACCGCAACUCAGCGGAAAGAAGCCAGAGAGACCCGAAGUCUGAUCGGCCGCCCACAGCAGGAGGAGACCCCUCAGACCUAGAAUCCGAAAACUAUACGUCGAAACACAUCCAUCCUAUGUGA